UCAGGGUACAUAAGCUUACGCUCCUGUCUGAACUGGUGUGAGAUUAUCGCGUUAAUGUCGACAUUAUGCCCCGUGUUGUUCUACGUGAGUUUUUGUCAUGUUUUUUCGUCAUUUGUGSAUUCAGAAUGAAAUGGGUAAAGCUUUACCCGCAAGUUYAUCAAAACAUGGUCAUCACAAAAGGAAUUUUCWAUGUGCGAAUGAAUGUGGACUGGUUUGAAUGCAUAAAAGACUGCGUGGUUUCCGAGAAAUGUAUCUCCUACAAUUUCGAAAUUGGAAGUCCAAGGAACUUUUGCGAAUUGAGCAAAUGUGGGAUACGCACAACUGGAGAUUGUUCAGAAAAMGUACUUCGCUUCUCAAGUGGAUUUGUUUAUCAGCAGCUUAAAAAAACCUCCUCUAAAAAGAUAUGGGACGCGGAUUGUGAUGUGACCAUUACCCUUCCAACUACUCCUCCAACACCUGCAGUACCAUAUAAGGACUGCUCUGAUGCACUUAGUCAAGGUCAAGACUCGAAUAAACUCUACAGGAUUGACCCCGACGGCAGAGGGASUUUCUCAGUCCUUUGUGAGCARCUAAAAUUGAAGGGAGGCUGGGUGAUUAUACAACGGAGACUUGAUGGCUCGCAAGACUUUUACCAAUCAUGGGAUGCAUACGCGAACGGCUUCGGGCAACUUGACGGAGAAUUCUGGCUUGGCUUGGAUAGGAUACAUCGUUUGACGCUAGCAGGAAAUUCUGAGCUGCUGAUUGAAGUGGCAGCGACCGGUGGAACUCAACGGGGAUAUGUGUUGUACGGGAACUUUAGCGUAUCAAGUAAAGAGGCUUCUUACAGAUUAUUAAAUGCACGAUUCCUGAAUGGUGAUUACAUGGGAGAUUCCCUCACUAGAUAUCAUGUGGGACAAGCCUUUUCAACUAAAGACAAUGACAACGAUAGAUGUGACGACUGCUCAUGCUCAGUGCAGUUUAAAGGAGCAUGGUGGUAUUACGGCAAGGACAACGCUUGUCUUCAUAGUGACUUAAAUCGUCGUUACGGCACYAUGUCUUGGUCAACUUAUGCGUACACUAUCAAGUCGACUAGAAUAAUGAUACGGCGUAGUAAUGAAUAAGAUAAUGACUUUAAUCCUCAAAAUAUCAAAUUGAUACAUAGGAUACAAAUGUUAGUGAUUUAAAAACAUAAUAAUCAUUGAGAAUUGAAUAUAACUAAUCAACAACAUUUCGUGCCUAUUUUUUCCAGAGGGUUUGAAUCGGAUGAGRUUGAUGGAAUUUUAGAUAAGCCAACAAAAGCUAGUGAUCAAUUUUUAACGGCAUUCGACGCUAUACGUAUAAGACAGCUAUGAUGAUGCAAAAAGUAUCGUGCGUUUCAAUCAGUGAUGGAGGUUAGUACAACUAUAA